CGUGUGUGUGGAUCUACAGGGUGUUUAACACUCUUCCCUAUGCAUGGCGAUACGGUGUGAAAAAAAUCACCAAAACCGAUUGUUUUAGUCUCAUCGGUGUCUGUCGCACCAGGUUUCGAUUCCAUUCAUACUUUUAGGGCAAUGUGAGGAGUUCGAGUCUUGGAUUCUGAACGUCUCCGAUGAAGUGAGGGUAGGCGAACAGUUUUCAGUGUGACGUCACAGCCAGAGAUCUCAUACAUCUAUAUGCAUGUAGAUACACGGUAGAGAUAUAAUCCCGGACAGCUGAAAUACUCCGCACCAUCGUGAACCACGCGAACAAGAAACUGCACAGAUUAACAAGCUGUAGGCCCCUAUCCGGCACAAUGGAUGUCUCUUUAGAUGAAAUGGACGAUGGUGAAAUAGACUGGAGUCAGCCCGCCAAUUUGCCACCGGAUUACUUGAGGACACUUGGAGACAAACUGACGUCGCCCACGGGCAUCCAAGGUCCGUGCUGGGAAACUGUUGCCGAUGCCUUAAACUUCGACAACGAAAAAAGAAACCAGAUUGCAGUAAACGCCGCCCGUCUACAGAUGUCCGAGGGUCAUGCUUUACUGUAUGACUGGACGAGUAGGAAUAACGAUGCCCACUCUCUACAGGUGCUCAGAACAGCAUUACAGAGUUGUAAUCGUGAUGAUAUCAUGGGUGAAUUUAUGAAGGGUGUGAAGAGGAUGCACGAGGUGACGCUCCAUGUGGUUGUGAUCGUACCUCAAGACCUGCCUGACCCCGAAACUCGCCCUCAAGCUUUCAAGGUCACGGUCAAUUGUACUGUCACUCUUGCCAAUGCAAUUGGCUCAUACAUUGAUAAUAUUCACGACUAUGAAAUAUCAGUCCCGAAAUAUGCAACCUGGCAAAGCCAAGCUAAAAAACUCAAGGGAAAUCAAAUUACUAUCACCAAAAAACAUCCCAGGGAAGACACCGGCUUAGAGCAACUACGUUCGAGCUUCCAGGAUACGGCUAUCAAAGAAACAAGAAUUUCGAACACCACAGCGAAUGCAGAUUUGAUCCUGAACAUAGUGCCGAAUGAAUUGUCCAAGGGUUUUAACAAUGAUUUGAACGAGCUCACGCCUCGCUGCACUAACGAUGAGUUGAAUAUGCAAGUGUGUACAAGUUGUGAGUGCAACAAUUCCAGUUGUGCUGAUAGUUGUGACAGCAGUAUAGGACUGACGCCAUUUCUCGAUCUCAAGGUUGAGGGACAGAGUAAGCUUCCUCGGAAAGAACCAAAUGGAACGUCAUUGAGAGAUAUGGCCGACAGCAGAACAAAGCGUCCUCGUCAGAGUGACGACGAAAGCGAGGACAGCAAUGAGGACAGAAAUACUGACAUCAUUCCCAACCAAAACCAGAAUCAAAACCCAUCCUUCCCAAAACCGGACAAGUCUUCACUUGUGCGGAGGUUUACAGAACCAGGAAUGUCUAAAAGAGUGAAGGCCUCGGUUUACAUUCCCUGGGUGACCCAGAGCUUUGAAAGGGCUGGAUUGCCAUACUGGCACGGUAAAAUCACCAUGGAAGAGAUGCAGCAGAGAAUGGCAGCAUAUCUUUUAGAAGAUGGCUGUUUCAUGGUGUGGAGCUACAAAGGAGCCACAGAACGGGACAACAAAUUAGUUAUCUCUGUAACACAUGCCAGACAGUUGUUACAUUACAACAUCAGAGCCCGUGCUGUGGAUGGGCGCAUGGGAUACUACCUUUUCAAGAAGGAGUACGCGUCAUUUAAUGCCCUGAAUCUCAUUGAGUAUUACUCCAGACACAGCCUGGAAAGUCGAUCUAACACUGGUAACGGUCGAGACAUCAAGUUACAAAAACCUGUAGGGCAAAGAAUGCUUGCUAAAGUUUCUCCAUUACCUUACUUUUAUGUCGGACCAAACUAACAACCACCGACUCAGGCCAUUGACUGGAUGGUCAGAUAUAAGUGCAAAGCAGCAAUCUGUGAUGAAUCUGUGAUAGCCUAGAUAAGCGUGAAAAGAAGUCGAAAGGAUGCAUGUAAUUGUAUUGUAUGUGAACAAAUCCUACCUGUUUCCUGAAAGAUUCAUACUUAAAAUCCACUCGGAUGUCUGUGAUGUACGUGUGUAGUAUGUAUAAGUCAUCCCGUAUAUGUAAGUAUGAGGGCAUCAUAUAUGCUCUCCUCUGUCAUCUGGACAAUCUUCACUUAAUAAAGUUCGCGAUGUCCAACAUCUCCUCAACACAUAUAGGUUUACCGUUGUACGAAACAGACAUUACGAUCACUAUUGCGGUUAUCAAGCGCAGCAAGAUCUUUCAAACUUCUACUGAGGGUAGUUUUAUGCUUGCGCUUGAGUACCUAAAACCAUAUGUACUCAUAUACAGAGAGGUGUGUAACGAACUGUUUUGCAGAUGCUCUGUAUGCAUGGUGCGAAGUAUGCAAAAGUAUGUGAAUCCGGCAUAUGCAUGUCCGUGGAGGCUAUACAUUUAAAUAUAUAUCCUCUUCAUAUAUUUACAAAGCUAAACCAAAAUUUGUUUCCUUUUCGUCUCCAAUAUAGUUUAUAAUAGUUUGCAGUAUUCAGAAUAGACGUAGAAUCAGUAAAAUGGUAAAUGCCUAAAGCUUAAUCAGAUGUAUAUAAAUGAGUUACGUUUAUAGAUUUUAUAUUCACAUACAAAUUAUAACCGAGGAAGAAUUAUUUUUUAUAUAUGCGAUUUUAAGUUCCGACAGUCGUCUUUCCUAAUUUCAAACCCAUACGCAAGUGUAGUGAACAUGGGGUCGGUACAUGGCUCAGUGGUAAAGUGUGAAACCUAUAAAAAUAAUUCAUUCCUUUGCUAUUGUUAAAUGUGGUAUCAUGAAAUUACAGGUAGUUAAGCUUACAUCAUAUCUUUAAUACCAUUAUUAACUGAAGGCUCUUGCUGGUUUAAUCUUCGAAGGCGUUUAUCUCGGCGGGACAGACAAUCCCGUGUAUAUAUGCACACACAAUAUUUUGCUGUAUUUUAGACAAAUAAAAAUACUGUAAUAACUUUACAAAGACAACUGUAGUAGAUCGUCAAAAAAAUGUUGUUCAAAUGCAAUGCCUGUUUGUAAUAUCAGCUUACCAUCACAUUACGUACAAUCGUUUUAGCUAUAACUUUACAUCAUGUUGGUCCAUAUUUGAUUGUAGACCUUUGAAAGGACUCUGACUGCGACAUAACAUAAUGCAAUUGGCUGAAAAUUCAUUCAUAUUUGCAGAUAUAUCUGGAAAUAUAUCUCCAAUAUUUUUACUGCAAGAAUACAUACGCCAUUUGUUAUUAGAUGCAACGUAUACGUCUUAAUUAUACUCUUACAGUGAUAGGUUUGGCAGAUUCUUGAAUAUUUACUUGUUAUAAAGGAGUACAAUGUUAUUUUCCGGGUCAUUUGGAAUGGUUUUUAGAUACAAAUAUUGAAAACAAGGCACCAAAGGUGCUUCUCUGUGUUGUUGCCUGUUAUUUGUAUAUUAACUCUCUAUGUAAAAGUUAACAACUUAGUGCUCAAAAUAAAACAUGUCCAUUUA